CCGAAAUUUACUACUAGAUAGUGCUUUGAUUAUCAUGACUUUCAGCUCGAAAUCCUGUUUCUCUUUACUUGAUCUAUAACCAAUGAUAAAAGCAACUUUUUACUAACCAAUAUCUUAUUCUGUGCUUUUCUCGAAGAAUUUUCCAUCAUCUUCUUCAGCCGGUACCUCCAUUUUGUUUAUUUCAACAGCGAAGAGUAUCGAGAUAUCGCGAAGAUUAUAUUAUUCAGCAACGUUUAGCUUUUUAAUAAGAUAGUGACCAUUAAAAAAACAUGUCUCACGGAGGUAGAAAUGAGUGUAGAAUUUAUGUGGGCAAUUUGCCACCGGAUAUAAGAACAAAAGAUAUUCAAGAUCUCUUUUACAAGUUUGGUAAAGUUACAUUUGUUGACUUGAAAAAUCGCAGAGGUCCACCAUUUGCUUUUGUUGAAUUUGAUGAUCCAAGAGAUGCAGAAGAUGCCGUACAUGCCAGAGAUGGCUACGAUUAUGAUGGUUACAGAUUGAGAGUUGAAUUUCCAAGAGGUGGUGGACCUAGUAAUAAUUUUCGUGGAGGUCGUGGAGCAGGGGAUACUGGUAGAGGUGGUCGUGGUGAAAUGAGUAAUUCUCGUGGACGUGGUCCUCCAGCUAGAAGAUCUCAAUAUAGAGUUCUUGUUACUGGUUUACCACCAUCUGGAAGUUGGCAAGAUCUCAAGGAUCAUAUGCGAGAAGCCGGUGAUGUGUGCUUUGCAGAUGUUUAUAAGGACGGUACUGGAGUUGUUGAAUUUUUACGUUAUGAGGAUAUGAAGUAUGCUGUAAAGAAACUGGACGAUUCAAGAUUUAGGUCUCAUGAGGGAGAAGUAGCAUACAUACGUGUAAAGGAAGAUCACAACAGUGGUGACAGAGGACGUAGUGAGGAUAGAGAAAGGGGUAGAAGCCGUUCGCGUAGCUACAGUCCACGACGUCGUGGUUCUCCAACGUAUUCACCGUUACGGCGUAAUUACUCGCGCUCAAGAUCCCACUCCAAAUCUCGAUCGUACGACUAGUGUUAGCAAUGAAAACAAGAUUGUAGUGAGGUCUCGACCGUCCAGCGGAGAACAACGCAGAGAACAAUCUAGCCAAUUCUAAUAACAUCGCCACUCCAGAUGCAUUACUGUCUGCUCCAAAAGAUAAUUCCUAUAUAUGAGUACAAAAUGUAAAUCUUAUAUAGCUAUUUUAUAAUAAUAAAAAAAAAAUGAUUUUAGAUGAUUUUAGAAUAGCAUAAAUAAAAUUGUAUAAAACCAAUUUCACUCACAGGUGCUACGCUCGCACUAUCAUAAUGUGUAACUAUAGCUAUAGUAGGUAACUUUUCUUCUGCUCCAGUUCCUGUUAAUUUUCCAUGUAAUAUAGCCACUUUUGCAUCAUUUCUAACCAUAGGUUGACCAGAUGCAACAACUACUUGAUAACCACUAGCAGAAAUUGAAUUAAAUAUAGCUUCUGCUGCAGAAUGAGAUUUUUCAUCUGUCAUAGAUCCAUCUGUAAUAUCAUCUAAAAUUCUUUGAAGAUCUGGAUGCCAAGUUGCAAAAUAAACAGCAAUUGGGGUUUCUGUGUCAGACAGCAUAGCUUUUUCUAAAUUCAUAAUAUGCUACAAACAAAAAGCUGCUUUGUUAAAGAUAUUCAUAUAAAAAGGAAUUGUUACAUAUUUAAUUAAAAAUAAUGUGAUAAGAAAUAGAUAAUAACUUCUUUCUCAUCCAAUGUUAACUCAUUUAAUUUCUCAGGUAAAAUGAUCACUAAAGCUCCAGCUUUGAUCUUAAUGGAUUGAAACAUACUGGGUGUAAGAUCUAACGCUUUAGUAAUAACACAAUGUCUAGAAGUACUCCAUCCAGUAAGCGAUCUUGCUUCCAAUGAAAUGGAAGCACUCCUGCAGCCUAUAUAGAAAUUAUUAAAAUUAUUUUCAUUAUAUAAAUAUGAAUUUCUUUUAGGGUGAUGUUUAAGCUAAAUUAGCUAAUUUUUUACUGAUAAAUAAAAACUAUCAAUGAUAAAUAACAA